AACUUAUUUCCUCGUUAUCAGUUGACCAAUCAAUGCUUGAACAUGCAAACACGUGAUAUUGUAUUCUUCCUUAUCGUGAACCCAGUUUGUUUACACUGGAAAAGAGCAUGUUAUGUAUUAACAGCCAUCUGUAGAGUGUCUGUCAGCCGUCUGAUGAUUUCUUUUUCGUCGCAAAAGCAACAGGGUGUAUAAUGAAAUCUCUUAUAUGGAUCCUGUGCUCUCUUGGCCUGCUUCUCUGUACUGAUGCUGACAGUGGUACAAAACCUAAUUUUGUCUUUAUGAUGGUGGACGAUUUGGGAAUUGGAGAUCUUGGAUGCUAUGGAAACACAACCCUCAGGACGCCUAACAUUGACAGACUGGCCCUGGAAGGGGUGAAACUGACCCAACACAUAGCUGCUGCGCCGCUCUGCACUCCCAGCAGGGCAGCCUUCCUCACAGGCAGAUACCCUAUUCGAUCAGGUAUGGCAGCAACAAGCCGGAUGGGAGUUUUUCUAUUUACUGCAUCGUCAGGAGGUCUUCCACAAGAGGAAAUCACCUUUGCCGAGGCUGUAAAAGGGCAAGGCUAUUCCACUGCUAUAAUUGGGAAAUGGCACCUGGGUCUCAACUGUGAAGACAGUGCCGACCACUGCCACCAUCCUAACUCUCAUGGCUUUGACUACUUCUACGGCACCAUUAUGACACAUCUUCGGGACUGCCAGCCUGGACAUGGCUCUGUCUUACAUAACGUAAAAGGUCACAUCCCAUACAAGGCCAUUGUCAUUGGUCUGGUUUCCCUGGUGUUACUCCAUAUUAGAGGGACAAUAACUGUGACCAGGAAAGUAGUUUUAUUUUUUCUGGUUCUGGUAGGGGUGUUUGUGAGUCUCUUUGGUGUGUUGUUGUAUACAUUCCCCAAUCUAAAUUGCUUUGUCAUGCGAGGGGCGGAGAUUGUUGAGCAACCAUAUACAUCAGAGAACCUCACUCAAAGGAUGACCAAUGAAGCCAUAGAGUUUCUGGAAAGGAAUUCACAGAGUCCUUUCUUGCUUUUCUUCUCAUUCAUUCAAGUCCACACUGGACUUUUUGCCUCUCCUUUCUUCAGAGGGAAGAGCCAGCAUGGCCUCUAUGGUGACGCUGUCAUGGAGAUAGACUGGAGUGUAGGUCAAAUCAUGCAGACUCUGGAGCGCUUAAACUUGAAGCAAAACACUCUGGUGUACAUGACUUCAGAUCAGGGCCCUCACCUGGAAGAGAUUUCUAUUCACGGAGAGAUGCACGGGGGUUAUAGCAGCAUAUACAAAGCUGGUAAGUCUACCAAUUGGGAAGGUGGGAUUCGGAUACCGGGUAUUCUUCGUUGGCCAGGUGUCUUGCCUGCUGGGAAGGUCAUUGAUGAGCCCACUAGCAACAUGGAUAUUUUCCCCACGGUGCUAAAUUUAGCUGGUGCUUCCAUACCUAGUGACAGAGUCAUUGAUGGCCAUGAUCUCUUGCCUCUGCUGCAAGGACAAGUGGAGCGUUCUGAACAUGAAUUUAUGUUUCAUUAUUGCAAUGCCGAACUGAAUGCUGUCCGAUGGCACCCUCCUAACAGUAGUGCAAUCUGGAAGGCCUUUUUUUUUACACCUGACUUCUACCCACAGAACAGCUCUGCGUGCUUCCACACUCAUAUCUGCUUCUGCAUCAAGCCAUUUAUCACGUUCCAUGACCCUCCACUGCUUUAUGACCUGUCGAGAGACCCGUCAGAAAGCACCCCCCUGAGUCCAGACACUGAGCCCCAGUUCUACUCAGUUCUGAAGGUCAUAAGGGCAGCAGUAAGCCGUCAUACACUGAGUCUAAAGCCCGUCCCAAUACAGCUUUCCCCUCUGCAAAUAGUAUGGAAACCCUGGCUCCAGCCCUGCUGCUCUUCUCUCAGUCAGCUUUGCAGAUGUGAACAAGAUCAUCAGAUAGAGAAGCUACGACAUUAGCUUUAAGAAGAAUAGUCCGAUUCACAAAAUCAUGUGGCUUUAAUGCAUAAGGAGGGCGUGUAAUACUUAAAGAGAUAGUUCACUCUAAAAGUAUAAUUGCCAUAAUUUAAUCACCUUUAUGUUGUUCCAGACCAAUGUGACUUCAGGUUUGACACAAAAAAAGUUAUUGUUUCACUAUGGACAUUAGUGAAGAAAUUAAAAUGUCAUUGAAAUUUGGCUAAUGUAAGCACACCUUAAUAGGUUAAAUGUGGUGACCAAAAUCAGGUCAAAAUAAAAUUUGAAGUUGAAUUGAAAAUGAAAAUUGAAGUUGUACUACUACUUAAAAGCACUGACACUGUUUAUUUAAAACUGUAAAGCUGCUUGCUUUAAAGCAAUCUAUUGAAUAAACUACAAAUAAACGUGACAUAAAGUAACUUAAUUGGAGUGCCGAAUUGUAGACCUGGUGCAAACAUAACCACUUGGCUAUGAAUGCUUCCUUUACUGCUGAUUUCUCACCGUUGUCAUUUUUGUCUGUGUUUAUUUUGCUAUUGAGAGGUAAGCACGCUGCACAUUUUAACAUAUCUAAACACUGCUCACAGCAAGGUAUUUCGGACAUCUUUUUAACCCCUAAACGAAAAAGAAGGGAAAACAAUACUGCACACAUUUGUUUUGUUUUUUUUGUGCAGCUAAAUUUGUAUCUAAGCUCUUUUGUGGCUAGAGUGUUUGUUACUGCAGCCAGAUUCUCUGCUCUGAGUUCUGUAUUCCUCCUAGUUUGGAGAUCCAUCAUCCUGAUUCAGUGUAAGGUCAGGGAUUUUGUGAAGCUGUAAUUACUACCUUUGUGCUCAUAAGCUUUGAUCUAGCCUGCAACCGGUACUCAAUACCCAUAAUGCCUCUUACAGGCUUUGGUGCUCUGAGGGUUUUUGUAGUAUUUUUGGUAUCCAAUAUGUUUUGCUUAUUUUUGUGACUAAUCAGGCUGCGCUGGAUAGUUUGCCAGCCUUAAGAGGCUCUCCACGCUCUCGACAUCAUGUUCAUUACACUAAUCACAUCACAUUUACAAAAUAGUCUGUAUCAGGAAAUAAAAAGAUGUUUUGCCUAA